GGCCUGUAUUUAGCUUCACUAUGGUGGGAAAGACCUUCACCUAUCUCCUAGGCAGUGAUGCAGCUGCUCUGUUGUUCAAUAGUAAAAACGAAGAGUUGAAUGCAGAAGAAGUGUAUUCACGGCUAACUACUCCUGUUUUUGGCAAGGGAGUAGCUUAUGAUGUACCCAAUGCAGUAUUUUUGGAACAGAAGAAGAUGCUAAAAACUGGUCUGAACAUAAGUCAAUUUAAAAAUCAUAUAUCAAUAAUUGAGAAAGAGACUAUAGAAUACUUUAAAAGUUGGGGAGAUGAAGGAAAAAGAAAUUUACUUGAAGCACUUUCAGAACUAAUCAUUUUGACUGCAAGCCAUUGUUUACAUGGGAAGGAAAUAAGAAGCAUUCUCAAUGAGAAAGUAGCACAGCUCUAUGCUGAUUUGGACGGGGGAUUUAGUCAUGCUGCAUGGCUCUUACCAGGGUGGCUGCCUUUGCCCAGCUUCAGAUGCAGAGAUAGAGCCCAUUGUAAACUAAAAUCUAUUUUCUAUAAAGUAAUUCAGAAACGAAGACAAUCUUCUACGAGAGAAGAUGACAUGUUGCAAACACUACUGGAUGUUACUUACAAAGACGGACGACCGCUAACAGAUGAUGAAAUUGGUGGGAUGCUUAUUGGAUUGCUCUUAGCAGGCCAGCAUACAUCUUCAACCACUAGCACUUGGCUUGGCUUCUUUUUGGCUAGAGACAAAUCAGUACAGGAACAGUGUUAUGAGGAACAAAAAACUGUCUGUGGAGAAGAUUUUCCUCCCUUGACCUAUGAUCAGCUCAAGGAUUUGAAUUUAUUGGAUCGUUGCUUGAAAGAAACAUUAAGGCUUAGACCACCUAUAAUGACCAUGAUGAGGAUGGCUAAAACUCCCCAAACUAUUGCUGGUUAUACAAUUCCACCAGGUCAUCAGGUUUGUGUAUCUCCUACUAUUAAUCACACAAUUAAAGAUUGUUGGGUGGAAAAUGUAAAAUUCAAACCAGACCGGUACCUUCAAGAUAAUCCUGCAGCUGCAGAAAAGUUUGCAUUUGUGCCAUUUGGUGCUGGUCGUCAUCGCUGCAUUGGAGAGAACUUUGCAUAUAUUCAGAUUAAGACAAUUUGGUCAACUCUUUUGCGUUUAUAUGAAUUUGACUUAGUGAAUGGAUACUUUCCUGCCAUAAAUUAUACAACUAUGAUCCACACACCUACUAACCCAUUAAUUAUAUAUAAAAGGAGAUCACCAAAUGAGACACAUACAUUGUAAAGGAGCUCUUCUAGUACAGCUAAAGAAGCUGAUAGUUGCCUGUAAUUUGUGCAGAAAAAUUGAAAUUUUGUGUUAAAGUUUGCCCUU